AGCGACGCUCGCGCAUACCUUCGGUAGUGGGGGAUGGAGAGAGGAGAGGAGAACCUCGCGCGUAAAUGGGGAAGCAAACAAAAAAAAUACGGUUCGCGCGUGUUGGAUCAGCAGAUCGACGUCAGCGAGUGGGAAAGCGCGUGACUCUCUGUAUCAGAGUUCCAUGCGUACCAUUGGUAAAUUCGUCCCGGAGAAGCUACAGCCUUUGUGGAAGCACCCUGCAGGUCCACAAACGAUCUUCUUCUGGGCUCCGGCGUUUAAAUGGGGACUUGUGAUAGCUGGACUGGGAGACCUUCAGAGGCCAGCUGAUAAGAUUUCAAUCAGUCAGUCAUCAGCCCUUGGCUUGACUGGUAUAAUAUGGACAAGGUACUCACUUGCCAUUAUCCCAAAAAAUUACAGUCUUUUCAGCGUCAAUCUUUUUGUAGCAUUAACUGCUGUGUAUCAAGUUGCUAGAGCGAUAAAAUAUCAAACUGAACAAAAAUCGCAAACAGUACCUAAUUAACAAUUCAAUUGAUGAACUAACACAUUCCUAUGCAGAAAUAUAGACAAAGUUCUUAUCUUUAUUGUUUCUAAAAAAAGAAAAAAAAACAAACAACAGAAGAUGACUUUUAAUUUAAGUUGCAAGAUAAAAGCAUUGGUAAUGGAUAUAAGUUUGUUAUCUGCUCAUUGUGUUUCAUCUGGAAUUCAGUUGAUCUGAAUAGAGUAAUGUAUGUGCAUUAGAGAGAUUAAGAUAUAUUUUAUUUGAUUAUCUUCCUUGGAAGCAUAAUAGAAAUUUAUCCAUAAUACGUUAUACUGCUAUAUACGUAUAUGCACAUUGUUAAAUCAAACUAUGUGAUAACUCAAUGGUGUCUAUUAUAUGCAAUAUAAUGUUUCUAUAUUUUUCUUAAUAACGUACUUUAAAUCUACGACGAUGCAUCGGUGUAUAUGAUCUAAUUAUGACCUAAUUAACGAAUCGAAGAAUUCGAAAAGUAUAUAUAUAUGUAUAUUUAUGUACAGUGUAUUAUAAAAUAAAUAUUUACGAGCGCUCUCCCACUUAUAGCUCAACUGACAAUGCUAGUGUAAAAAAUAUAUUUUUUUUUCGAAAGCAGAAUUUACGAUGUUUUAUUCAUUUGUGUUGCUGUUCUUUUUUGCAUUUUUAAUCAAACCUUUUGAUUUACAUACAAUGAACGUGUGCUUAUGAUAACCAGCUUUGUUUGUGACAAUAUAAGCAAAAUUACUUAUUA